AUGGCCUUUUGGGUGCUCGGCGGAGGCGAGAGUAGCCUCCCUCGGGCCCGGGAUGUCUCUCCUCCCCAGCAUCGUCAGCAGCAGCAUCUUCACCACGACGAUGAUCAUUCGGGAUGGGUCUCUCCUCAUCAUCCCGAUCGCGAUUUGAGGGGCGAAGGAGAGCUUGGCGGUGGUGGCGAUGGUUCCGGGUCUAGUCGAUACUACGAGGAUGAGAGCGUGAUGCUCAAGAGAUCGAGGACCCUGCCAUGGACGGUAGGCAGUAACCAAGACUACAUGAGCAGAUAUGCCGUCCACAACAACCACCACCGUCACCAACAGCGGCAGCUGCGAGAAAGGCAUCAGUACAACCAGCAACCCGAGCAUUCGAUGUUCUCCUCUCCCGACCUCAGUCACUCCAUACCCGUCAACAAUCUCGCCUUUCUCGUCAUCCGCGAGGGCGAUUCGUCGUCGCCCAACCUCGUCCCUUCCCCGUCUCCCUCUCCCGAGCCGCCACAGCUCCUCUUCCGUUCGUCUUCCGAUCAGGGAAACCAUCCCAUCCACUUCGGCCACGGCAUGACGGAGCCCUUCUCCAGGCCAGGCACUGCGCCUUGUCCGAUGGCUGCAAUGCCAAUGGAACGCACGGAGUCGGGCCUGUCCAUCUCAUCAUCCGCGUCGGCCGGAGACUCCCUCUCCGAUACCGACUACCUGCUGCCUCCCGGCAUCACUCUGCUCUCGGAUCACUCUGCUGCGCAGCUCGCCUGCAAUCACAUCGCCUCCUUCCGCCGCCGCUUCCCCGAUUCGCAACCUGAGCGAAUUCUCCGCGCUCUCAUAUCCCCUCGUACACGCGGUACCGAUUGGCCUCUUGACAAUGACGCGCUACGCAGCAUCUUCAGCGCUGCCAACGAGCUCUUCUUUGCCAGUCGCCUGACCCGCCGCGUGACGUGGGACUGGAGUCACCCGGAUUGGGGGCAGUACGAGAGUCACAUCGUCGGUACCACGGCCGUGCGGCCUUGCGCGCGGCUGGGCGGUUGGGAAACAUUGAUAGUGCUGUCGUCACCGAUAUUGCGCGAUACAAAGUACAACCGGAGGCUGCUCAUCUCGACUUUUCUCCACGAGAUGAUCCACAGCUUCAUGUUUGUCAUGUGCGGACUCAAGGCGCGUGAGGCAGGCGGCCACACUAAUGGUUUCCGCCAGAUUGCCGCCGUUAUUGACGAGUGGGCAGGGAGAGAGUACCUGCGAAUGGGCGACAUGGAGGCUGAUCUGGAGCGCUUCCGCGGUGACGUGUGCUCACACAUGGAUGAGGCACACACUAUCCAGGCGAAGUCAGUGACAGCAGAACAAUACGGCGCCGGUGGCGGGAGGGACGAGUACCUCAUGCAGCCGAUAUCUCUGCCACGCCUCGAUGGUCACAACGGCCAGCACCAUGGGCAUGGCCACCAUUUCGGCCACCAGAGAUACGACCAGGCAGUCUAUGGAGAUUGGCAGUGGCAGCCGCGCGAGGACUUUGGGUCGCGCGACCCGCCGGCGUCCUCGGGCCUGCCAUACGUUUACUGA